AUGGGGCGUGUCGAAACGAGACUUGCUGCCUUGGACUCCCCCAAUCACGUUUUAGUGGUUGUAUUUUGUUUGCUUUUUUUAGGGACAGUUUUCCAAGGAGUCACAAUAUAUAUAGUUCCAGCUGCUAUAGGGAAAGCCAGAUGUGAGAUAUUCCAUCGGCAGAUCACCCAGAAUGGAGGACAGGUAGUUUCCUCAAUCUCUCCCAGCUGCACACACAUUGUGGGUGAUAAUUGGGAUGAUUGUAACAAAGCCUUGAGACUUCUGAAAGUGGAAAGACUGCCCUCUGCUGUUAAUCUGGUCAGAUGCACUUGGUUGAGUGCCUGCAUCAGUGAGAAAAGUUUACUAGACCUUGAAGACUACAGCCUUCUUCCUCCUGAGAGUCCCACAGUUGCUCUCGUUGAGGGGUCAAACGGGACGGCAGUCUGCCCGGUUCCAGAUGUAGCAGCAGCACAGGAUCCUUUGAAAAUUAAAAAAAAUCCUCAAGAAAAUCUCUCAGAGACAGUGCCAGAGAUUCAGGAGGAGCAAUGUGAGGAAGAUGGUGUUUCUCAGAACGAUCUGGAGGCCUUGAUCAGCGGCGUUCACCCAUCUGAAAGCAACACUACUCAGAGUUUGGCAGAGAAUCCCGUUUUGUCUGGGAAGUGGGUCUGUUCCCAACCAUCCACAACUAAAGGGGAAAACCAUAACAAGCACAUUACUGACAAACUGGAGCCGCUAGCCAAAGCCUAUACACACACAGGUGAUAAAUGGAGAGCUCUGGGCUACUCUAAAGCAAUCAACGCCCUUAAGAGCUACCACAAGCCCAUCACUUCAUAUGAUGAAGCAUGUAAGAUCCCAGGCAUUGGUAAACGCAUGGCAGACAAGAUCAUGGAAAUCACAGAAAGUGGGCACUUGCGUAAACUGGAUCACAUUGGGGAGGAGGUGCCUGUUGUUAAAAUGUUCACUAAUAUCUGGGGACAAAUGUGGUAUCAUCAGGGAUUUUGCACAUUGGAGGAUAUUCGCACUAAGGCGGUUUUGAAUCACACUCUAAGGAUCGGACUAAAACACUACGAUGACCUUGAGCGGAUGCCGAGAAGUGAAGCGAAUGCCAGUGAAGCAGGCAGCUCACAGUUGGUGGUUGUGGCGUGUGGCUCGUACCGCAGGGGAAAGAGCACAUGUGCAGAUGUGGACAUUCUCACACCUGAUGGAGAAUCACACAAGGGUGUUUUCAGCAAAGUCUUGCACCUCCUCCAUCAGAGUGGUUUCCUGACAGAUGACCUUGUUAGCCAUGAGGUGAAUGGUGAACAGAAGAAGUACAUGCACUCUUAAGAAAAUUGGUUCUAA